AACGCAAGAAUCAUUGCCCAGCAACAGCUGUGUACUCGCUGUUGCCAAGCAAUGAUACUUGCGUUAUCACUGUAACAUUUGCUUGAAUGUGGGCAGUUCCCACACGUUUCUCCAGUUUCUAGAACACCGGACGAUAGAAAUGUUAAAGAAAAAUACUUCUGUACUACAUAGUAACCCGUGACUACUGUUAUUCGGAUGAUCUGUGAUUCUGACUGUAAACCAUUCUCUGUAAACUCUGUAACCUAUCAGAAUAAAAGCGGUUAUAGUACAAUUGAGCAAUGGCGACGUCGAAGACAACAAAUACGUACAAUAGGCAGAAUUGGGAGGAUGCCGAGUUUCCUAUACUUUGCCAGACAUGUCUGGGCGACAAUCCAUAUAUACGAAUGACCAAGGAACGGUAUGGAAAAGAGUGCAAGAUUUGCUCCAGACCGUUCACUGUGUUCCGAUGGUGUCCUGGUGCUAGAAUGAGGUUCAAGAAGACAGAAGUAUGUCAGACAUGUAGUCGGUUGAAGAAUGUUUGUCAGACAUGUCUGUUAGAUUUGGAAUAUGGUCUGCCCAUUCAAGUUCGCGAUGCAGCUCUCCGAAUUAAGGAUGAUCUUCCUCGUUCAGAUGUCAAUAAAGAAUAUUAUAUUCAAAAUAUGGACAAAGAGCUUGGCAAGAUUGAUGCCACAACACCAGCAGGUGCGGUUGGCAAGUCACAAGCUGCCAGUGACCUGUUAAUGAAGCUGGCCAGGACAAGUCCUUACUACAAGAGGAACAGACCACACAUUUGCUCUUUCUGGGUGAAAGGAGAAUGUAAGCGAGGGGAAGAGUGUCCAUACCGUCACGAGAAACCGACAGACCCUGAUGAUCCUCUAGCUGAUCAGAAUAUCAAAGACAGGUACUAUGGGAUCAAUGAUCCAGUAGCUGAGAAACUUAUGCGUCGAGCCUCUGCAAUGCCAAAGCUUGAACCACCAGAAGACAAGACUAUAACUACACUUUAUGUUGGGAACCUUGGUGAUAAACUGACUGAGAAAGAACUCAGGGAUCAUUUUUAUCAGUAUGGUGAGAUCAGAUCAAUCACAUUAGUUGCUCGACAGCAGUGUGCAUUCAUCCAGUUCACAUUACGAUCAGCAUCAGAGCAAGCAGCUGAACGUACAUUCAAUAAAUUAAUCCUUGGUGGACGACGAUUGACAAUCAAGUGGGGUCGUUCUCAAGCUCGACAAGGCUCAUCAGCUGCUCGUGGGGAUGGCAUUGAUCCAAUGGUGGAAGAACUGGAACCAGUGCCAGGUCUUCCUGGGACCUUGCCUCUGCCUCCAUCUGAAUUACAGAACAACUUUUUCAACCUAGCAGAAACAGAUGAUAGCUCUGCCCCAGCCGUACAGACUAACAUUCCACCUCCCACAAUGCCACCACCAAUACCUCCUACGAUGUUGAUUCCACCACCCAUGCCGCGCCCUCCACCUGGCAUUCGUCCACCAGGUCCACCCCCUUUCUUUUUCCCUCCUCACGUGCGUCCACCUAUGAGACCACCAGGAAUUAGACCACCCCCUUUUAAUAUAUCUCAGCCUCCAUUAUUCCCCCCUGGAACUGCUCCAGCUAUUCCUCAGCUUCCUCCCAAUCCAGCACCGCUAGUACCACCAGGAACUCUUCCAACUCCAUCACUCAAGCAAGGUGCCAUUCACUAUCCUUCACAGGAUCCAUCGAGAUUGGGAGCUGCUCAAGCAAUAGCAAAAAAUAAAGCUUGGGCAGGUGAAGAUUAGGAGAAGUUUUCAUAAUUGGAAACUGUAAAUGUUUCAGAGGAAGUGUUUACCUUCAGUGGUGGUGUUAGGAUAGCAAAUACCUGUUCUUCACGAGAUGUUAUUUCUUUGUGCCUAUGCGUAACCUGUGUGUGAAAUUGUUUUUUCAUGAGAUAUAAAUACUCUACAAUAAAGGCAAAGUAGCACAUUUGAAA